CAAGCAUACGAUCAACCGCACUGCAUUUUACAAACUUACACUUGUGCUUAUUGUAUAAAUUGUAAAAAUGGAAUCAUCAUUUAUAAAGCACACAAAAAAAGGAGACGACAAAUCGUCAACAUGGUUUUAUUUUCUAAUAUCAACAAGUUCAGAGGAAGCCAAGUGCAAAAAAUGUAAUGCAGUCCUCAAAACAAAGGGUGGUUCAACAAAAGGAUUACACGAACAUUUAAAGGUUCAUGGCAUAAAGUUGUGCCGCGAAGCAACUCCAACAAUUGCUGUUCCCAAGAAAGUGGCAAAAAUUACUUCACAUUUUUCACCAAAAAAUGAAGAAAAUAUUCGUGCUAUUAUGGCCAGUUUGGUAGCUGUGGAUGGAUUAGCAUUUUCAACCAUUGCGCAAUCAAAACAAAUCAGAAAAGGUAUGGAAGCCAGAAAAUUUAAAAUUCCCAAAUCUGACACCACAAUCAGAAAAUAUGUAAUGGAAUAUUUUGAAGAAUGUCGCGAAAGAGUAAAGAAAGAAAUAAUCGAUUUGAAAGUGAAAAAUAAUAGAUUUAGCAUUUCAUUCGACGAAUGGACUUCUGUGGUCAAUAAACGCUACUUGAAUUUAAUACUGCAUGGUCAAAAAACAUAUGGAACUUGGGACUCGUCCGAAUAA